AUGAAGUUUGCGCACGACUUCAAGCAAACUCUGGCCAGCCAAGGCUUCCCUGCCCACUGGGUCAAUCAGGCGAUUCCAUAUAGUCAGCUCAAGAAAUGUCUCAAGAAGGUGCAGCGGGAGCUGCAAGACCUCGGCCUCGACCCUGACACUCUGCGAACCUUACUCGAUCCGAACACUGCGUCGCCUGUCGCUCUUCAGUACAGACUCAAGGCCGCCAGCGACUCCAAUCUUGUCCGGCCCAAACUCACCGUCUACGUCCACCUGCAGGAUGGUGUUGCCGUUGAUGCGUCGUUGACCCCGACCUCGCGUCGGUUUUUCGAGCGCAUCGCUGCCGACUUCCCUCUCGAUCACCCGCGGCAACAGCCCGACCCUCCGCAAGGUUGCGCCGUGGGAAAUAGCAAAGGAGAAACCCUGAGCGAGCCUUCAGCCGAGCCAGUCUCCGUUGAGACAUCCAGCAGCACCGCGUCCUAUGAGACCAUAGAAGUCCCCUUAGUCUUCGACAGCGAGUUUUUCGAUAUCUUGCAAAGCGACGUGAGCAACCUCGAGGCGCUGCAGACGGAGGAGAGGAAGAAGAUGACCGCGGAAGUUAUCGCGCUUGGCGGCGAAGUCGCUCAACUAUCGCAGCCCAGCCGUUUUUCAAAGACUGAUAUGGCUCGCUGGCGCCGUAUAUUCGAGCUGUAUCUUGACGCCGAGGUUUUCUUCGCGACCCAUGAACGCGACCAUGGGUCUAGAUCAAGCCAGAGCGCCCUUCGGCAGCUGCAGUGGUUUCAAGGCGAAGUCGACAAGCGCCACCUUGCAACGGACUUCAAGCUCCGCGAAAGCCGAGCCGCCUUCUCACGAUUCUUGAGCCUCAACGUCAGUCUGCUCAAGAACCUGCAGUUCCAGGAGCUGAAUAGGCUCGCCGUCUUCAAGAUUCUCAAGAAGUUUGACAAGCGCACAUCCUUGGGCGUCUCGCAAACAUUCCCAAAUGCUAUACAGGCGGAAGGAGUUCUGUCGGCUGACAUUGCCAAAGACGUCUGCGCCCAGAUGUCUUUGGAGCUGGUCUCGGUGGUGCCGCAGCUCAACGACUACUUAUGUCCUGUGUGCUUCUCGGUAGCAUACAGGCCCGUUCGGCUGGAUUGCCAGCACGUCUUUUGCAUACGUUGCAUCGUCAAGAUUCAGCGACGCCAAGAAAAGCACUGUCCCCUGUGUCGCGCCGACGUCGUCAUGAAUGCAUCGGCAGAUAACCUCGACCACAAGCUCGAGAAAUACAUGAAGAAGUAUUUCUCUAAAGAAGUCAAAGAGAAGCAACGUGCUAAUGAGAUUGAGCGGGGCAUUGAGGAUUACGGGCCGGGAUACACGCACCAGGAGUGCGUGGUUAUGUGA